CUCUUGGAUUGGAUGAUGUCUGAGUUUGAGGGCCUCAGUGAGGUGAUGAGCGUUGCAAAUGACAACGCGGCCUCUGUUUCCUUCGAGGGGCUUGUUGGAAACCUUCUUCGCGCCGGCGCAGUUGAUCUUGCCCGACUGGAGGGUUUUCAGUAUGUCCCCUACGAAGGUUUGGCUGAGGAGGUGGCAAAGAUUCAGGAGGUGAAGGUUGCGUUAUUUGAACAAUUCUGGGAACCUUCGGGCAAGGUCGCCGUUCGGACUCUGGCAGCCGCUGCUACUGAGGGGUCGACUCCUGAUCAGCCUUCGGAGGACAAUCGAAUGUCCGAGGCUCGCAGGUCUCCUUCGGGGAAUGACGCCGGUGGUUCGUCGGGGGCUCAGGUCUAGAGAUUAGUUUGUAGUUUACUUUGGUAGUUUCUGGCACUUGGUCUGUAAAUAUUCCCAUGGUGCAGGAUAUGAACAAUGCUAUGGUAUUGAUGAGCUGGGAGGCUUUCAGCCUUGCUCGUCAUGGAUGCAGCGUGGUAGAAUAUUUAUG